AUGAGUUUGCCAACCACUUCCACUGCACCGGCUCUCUUUGUGGACCAAAACAACGAAUUCAAAGUUCUUCGUUUCGUCCCAGUUCCAGAGCUGGUAGAAGGCGAAUUGAUCGUCAAGGUGCUGUACUCAGGCGUCAACCCAGCCGACGUUAAACACGCCCCUCUCCUAGGGAUCAACUCUACUAUCCUUGGAUAUGAUUUUUGCGGUCAUGUGGUCAAGGCCAACGAAAAUUCGGAGUACAAAAUCGGCGAUCUCGUUGCCGGCUUUACGCCUUUCGGUGUGGGACAGCUAUGGAAACAUGGCGCCCACCAAGAGUAUCUGUCUAAUCCCGAAGAACUCACUUUCAAAGUACCCAAGAAUAUGACCUCGGUCGAGGCCGCUUCUCUGACAACCAUCUUGAUGACCGCUGCCGAUGGAAUUUACAGCAAAACCGGUUACUCCCUCCCCAGCGGAAAACACAUCGAAGGAUUCAGGUCUGGUCCGCUCCUCGUUUGGGGCGGGGCGACUAGUGUCGGCAUCGCCAUGAUUCAACUUGCACGUGCAAGUGGCGCACAUCCCAUCCUCGUCACUGCGUCCCCCAAACGACAUGAACUUCUCAAGAAGCUGGGCGCGACCUACUGCUUUGACUACAACAGCUCCGAUGUUGCUGGACAAAUAAAGGCUGUAGUGGGAGAGCUAAAAGCAGGCCCAAUCGCUUAUGCGGCCGAUUGCGCCGGCUAUCCCGGCACGGAGCAGGAGCCAAGCUCGGCAGCGCAGAUGGCAGCAUGUGUUGAGGAAUCGGACAAGGCGACCUUCAUAUCCGUUAUUCCGCAGCCCGACAAACGUUUCAAGUUCAUUUUCGCGUGUGCCGACAGAGAGUCCAAGAUGAAUUUCCCUGGAAAGCCUACCGUGACGGUGCCAGCCCGGCCAGAGGAUUUUAAGAGGAUGAGGGCGGCGUUGCUAUGGAGUGUUGAGAAUUACGGUAACGGAUUCGUCAUGCCUUCUGUGGAGGUAUUCAAAGGCCGUGCUGAAGACGCUUUGGAACAGAUUCAUAAGAUUGCUGUUUUGGGACGGUUUGGCAAGCUCGUUUUGGAGCAUCCGCUGCUCUGA